CAAGGUAGCACACGCUUCAAUUCCGCAUGCCCAACCGUGGAACAUCAUGGGCCUUGUGUUGUCUCCUAGAUAACAUGAAAGUGCGCACCAAGUCAUCAGGGCUAUUGCACCUUCGCUUCUUCAGCUAAACCUCAAGGGCACAUCAAACGCAAUCGGUUCAUCGUUUCCGCAUUUCGCCACCCUUCGUAUCGUAUCGCAAUGCCUGUUUACGUGCUCCACGGUUUCCGGUGGCCACGCGCUGGCUUCACCGGCAUUCGAGUUUAUGUCGUUCUCCAUAAUCUGGAAGAUGCUACGGCCGAGUAUCUCCAGCAGCCGCUCACGUCUCGCUUGAUUCUCGACUCGUUGAAACGCGGCAAGCCGAAUCUCAUGCCCAAUCUUCCAGACCUGCAGCUUAUCGAGGCGUACGACCCCGAGGAUACCACCAGCAACACCGCUGUCAGCCAGCCUUUUGCCUAUGUCGCUGCUAAAGUGAUUACAAUCCCCGAUCCCGGUGCCCCCGGGGCUGGUCUCAGUUGGAAUCUUGAAGAUCUUGUGAAGGAUCCGGGGCUACCCUCUGCGACGACAGAAGCGUUGGAGGGACUGCGGGAUGAAUUGGCUCCUGGCGAGAAGAUAGGCUGGUGGGUUGUUUACAAUGGGGAUCCAGAGAGAUAUUUUCCAGAGACGGACGAGGAGGACGAUGACGAGAGCAUGGAAUACGAGGAUGAGGAAGAUGCUAGUAGCAUCGAGGAACAACCACAGCCAACGACGGUUCCAGAGAAACAAUCGACCCGAUUCCCUGGAAAAUUGACCAGACUUUUUGGCAAGAGGAGCAAUACUACUACUGCGUGAUAACCUGUCUCUUGCAAGUGCGAUCGUGCCAUCGCACAACCCGACUCUAAUCCCUAGAAAACUCACGUACACGAUUGUGAUUCACAGGAUUUGUUUUUCCCUCUUAUUUCCAUCUCACGAAUCUUACGCUAUUUGAUUAUUUAUCUCAC